AAUUAUUCAGCCUUGUAAAUUAUGUGAUGAGUUUCAGAGAAUCCUCAAUCACGUUCUUUUUAAUAAAUGUGGAAAAAAGGUCGUAGUGAUGCUUUUGAAAAUCAAAUGAAUGGAUCUGAGGGACAAAACCUUGCAAAUAGUAAUAGUAGCUUAAGUUCAUAUGCCACAUUUAAUGAUUCGGAAUCAAGUCCAAUCCUCGGAUCAAAGGAUACACAAUCAAGCACCAAACUACGGUUGUCUCAAACGAAUCUUAAUUGUCCAAUCUGCCAACAUGAUUUCUGCUUCAGUUUGCUUUUGUCUGCCACUGGACCAGAUCAAAAUGGCCUAACGGAGAACUAUAUGAAAGUGGUUCGUGAUUUACAUUCUAGACUUCAUAGUGUCUCACUCGAAUGUACCGUUCUGAGAUCAGAACUUGAAGUUCUCCACAAAGCGUUCAAUUCAAAAUGUCAGGCAGUCAAAAUUUUAACAAAUAGUAAAUUUCAAUCAGCUGAUGAGAAUGAUCAAACACGAAUUGAUGUUUACACUUCUACAGUUGAAUUGGAAAAGGAAAUAAAUAAACUGAAAAUUGAUCUUGAACUAAGUAAAGGUGCUCUGUUAUCACAACACCAGUCUUCUAAGGCAGAAGUUCAACAAUUGAAAAAUGAAAAUGAAAAUCUAAAAAGGCAGUUGGAAAAUCUACAACUUAAAACUGGACAAUUAUUAGAAGAAAAUAUGCAUCUUCUACAGAAGAACACAAUGUUAGUCUGUUCACCUACAUAUGAAGAACAAGUAGAAAAAUCACCUGAAAUAACCAAUUUAGAGACGAGUGCCAAGUUUUAUUUGAAUAAAAAUUCAUUGGAAAAGCUAGCAGAUCAAGACGUUUCACUUACAUCAGAAGGCAUUCUUUACUUAUUAGAAAAUCGCAUUAAAUCACAACUUCACAAUAAACGAAAUUCGUUGCCUGAAACGCAAACAAAUGUAAAAGAUGCUUCAGUUUCUCAGAAUGGAUUUCAAUUAUUUCUCAACCGUUUUCGUUCGCCCAAAUUGGAUAAGAUGAUAAACUCCCAACAACAACAACAACAACAAAAACGGUCUCAUAAACCAUCCUAUGUCGAGAAAGAUAUUCAAUGUGACUUUAAUUCCUUUGCACUUCAAGGUUCCGGCAUUCGUGAGAUCUCUAUCCCAUUAAGAUGUUCAUGCAUAAAUGAUUCAGAUGAAGCUUGUGAGUGCGCUCGAACUGCUGUUAAUGUUCUUCGACAACUUUUACGGUACAAGUGCCAGUUGUCUGAAACGACAAGAAAACUCGAACGACUUGAAUUAUCAGAGGAUGCUCAUCGACAUGCAUUAAAAGAACAGUACGAACGAAACAAAUAUAUGUCUGUCCAACUUGCCGGGAUUCUGCCAUAUACACCUGAAGAAUUAUUGAACUCUGAAAACUAUCCAUUAUCUUCCCACUCUCCAUCAACUGUAAGGGAUUCAUUCAGGAAAAAUAACUCAACAGUUCCGCAAACAUUAUCUUCUACAGAAUCGCUUCAAAAUUUAUUAUUGUGGUUUGACAAAAUUCUAAAAGCAACUUCAAUAUCAUUGAAAAGUUUAUUAUCAAUCGAUAAUCAAAUAACAUUUGAUCAAGAUAAAAAUAAUGUUAAAAAGUCUACCGGUAAUUUUAUGUUGGAAUGUUUAACACCAUUCAAUGAAUCAAAACGAUACCAAUAUGAAAAAAAUGCCACAAUAGAAAGAAUUGAAAAUUUACGUGAUGUAUCAAAUAAAGAACAAAUUAGUUUGGGUACAAAACGAAAAAUAAGUCUAAAAAGCAUUAAGUCUACGUGCAAUUUUAUGCCAUUACAAUCAAACGAUAUGAGUUUGGCUGAUAAACUCGUUACUUCAGAUAAUCAUAUAGCAGGAAUGAAUAAUGAAACGGCUUCACAAAAUCAAACGGUUUAUCCGCGUAAAAUUUCCAGAUCAUCUUCCAUACAUGCGAAUCAACUCAAAUCUCGAUGUCAAUCAAUGGAACAUGUUUCACCGCAAAGGUCUUUAAGAGAUGAAAAUGUGAAUACUAUAUUACUGCAUCAGCUUUUACUUCAGAUGAACAAUAUUACAGAACUUGUCGCCAAACAAAAUAUAGUAUAUGAUAAACGUGUUCGUCGUUCAUCUUCAGUCUUUACAUAGAAUUAUUGACAAGCCAUUCAGGUGAUUCCCUUCUCCAACUAAAACCACUUGAUUUAAGACUAUUAAUUCAUUGUCUCAAAUACUGUUUGCAUGGUUCUCAUAUUUGCAAUUGACUUCAUAUUCUAUCAUUUAUUUUUUGCAGAUUUCAUUCUUUUGUGUACAAAUUAUUUUAUCACACAUUUUUAUAUCUAUCUACAUGUUAAUUUUACGAGGAUAUACAAUCCCUCUAGAUGAUUUGAUAAUUCAGUGGUGAUUGUAUUAUCUCACGAAUCUAUAUAUGUAUUGAAAUUUCUCGCGAACUCUACUGAACACUUUUAAGUAGUAAGAGUAACUGUUUAAAAUAAAAACACAUGUGCUAUUUCAGGUCCUACUAUUUAAAAUUAAUACAAUAAUGAGCAAGAGAAAGGACAACAGCAGUGAAAAAAUAAGAAGCUGAGGAAUGACUGAACAGUUCUGAAUAAACAAGCAACUGAGAAAGAGAACUCAAUCGUUGUUAAAAUUGUGAAGCAAAACUCAGUAGGUGAUAAUAUUGAGAUUUUGGGUAUUGUAAGCUAAAUCCUUUGGGAUCUCAACUUUCUCUAAUUUACGUGUUUUAUGUGAUUUAUACGAAUCCGUUUUCUGUAAAUAUUUUUAAAUUGCUUAGAAAGGGAUGAUUAACGCUCCAGAAUUUCCUGUUUUAACACAAUAAUGAUGAUAACUGCAACAGUAUAAACAUUUUCACGAUAAAUUAUCCAGAAAAAUACGUUGAUCACAUAUUUAUACCAUUCUUUUUUGAUACUACUCG